CCUAACGCGCGUGUGUUUGUCCUGCAUCCGACUGGUGCGUGACGGGUUAAAUUCUGCAGUUUUUUCGGCUGAUGCGCCUGUCGGCUGUCCCGGCCCCGGAGAGACGAAAGACUCAGCCAAGAUGGCGACGGUCAGCGUGAUCGCCAUCAGCUUCCUGGUCGCCUCAGCUCUUUCUGCCCCUCUGAAAGUCGAGGAGGAGUCCAGGACGUUGUUCCACGGGGAGGACUUCCACAUCUUGCUGCCCUCGCUCAGCUUGUUGGUCACGUUUCGCAACAGGUCUACGCCGCGGUCGCCCGAAGUGGUCCUGAUGCGGGACGGCGUCAUGCGCCACACUCGGGCCAAACUCAACCGCCAGCUCAGCCACCUCGUUGUAGACAGUGUGGGCGAGGGGGACGAGGGAGUGUACACCGUGAAGAAUCCAGAUAACCCAGAGGACGUCAGACGCAUCACGCUCAUAGUCCGAGAUUGCUCCAUCGAGCAGAGCAUUAAAUAUGGCGGCGACUUCGAUGUUCUGCUGUUAGGGGUGACUCCUCCCAUCACCCUGGAGUAUAGGCCCAUUGCUGUUGAGGCCAACGACACAUCAAGACCUGCUCUGGUGCUGCUGACCAGCACUGGGAUGACCAGGGACGGCUACCAGGGCCGAGUCAGCGUCAACGAGCGCCAGGUCACCCUCAGUAGUGUCACAGGUGCAGACGAAGGAAGCUACACUGUCAGAGAUGCCGAAGGUCACAUCCAAAAGAAAGUGUGUCUCAACGUCAAAGAGCACCAAAACUUUCUGAAAGUGCCGUACGGCAAAAAACUGAAGAUCAACCUGAUACUCAACAGCUCCUUGGUCGACCUCUACUACACCCUCGACUCUGAUAAAACAACCCAUCUGCUGCUGGAAAAAGGAAAAUUUACAGAUGCUCGAGCAGAACUGGGUCUCGAGGAUCGUCUCUCUAUGGAGGGUUCAUUGGUUUUUCUGGAUCAGGUCAGGGGUUCAGACGAUGGCCAGUUCAAAAUCACUGACAUACUGGGAUUCACUGUGGCCAGCAUCCACCUGGAAGUCCUACCCUACAAGCUGGAGUCGCUAUACGUGGCCAUCAUUGCCCUGUUGGGCCUGCUGGUUUUCCUUCUGCUGGUUUGCCUGCUGUCCUGCCUGAUCAAAGUGAAGAAGAGGGCCAAGAGGUCUGCUGCCUUGGAGAAGCUUGCCCAGAACGCUGGCAAAGAGGAUGAGGGAGAGGCUUUCAGACAGGUGGUCAAGAACAUCACCAAACUCAGCGAAGAAUCCAAGCAUUCCCAGGCAGACACUACCGAGAAGUCUCAGAGCACUGAGGUUGAUAUUAAAGGUCUGGAGGUUUCCUCUAAGGAGGUUGGGAUAGGUAACCUAGAGACCAGUGAUUCUGGCGUUGGCUUCAACACCGCUCUCCCACUGGACACUGACACCGAUGCCCCUGAUCCAACCUCCGAGUCUGUGGCUGUAACCCUCCCUGUUGUCCCUGAAACCAAACCAAGUCCACCAUCUGCUGCUGAGGCUAAGCCAAGCACUCCACCAGCUAUAGAAAUAAAGCCAAGUCCAGUAGCUGAGACUAAGACCUCCCCAGCGCCUGAGACCAAGAAAACCCCUGAUCAGCCUGUAGAAGUAAAGUUGGAAGUGUCCCAACCAGCCGAUGUUAAGCUCAGCCCAGCCCCCAGCCCUGAACCUAAGGCUUCACUAAGUCCAGCUGAUCCAAAGCCUGCUGAUCCUAAGCCUGCACCAAGCCCGGAGCCUAAACCAGCUGUUCCCAAAGCCACCACUCCAACACCUGAAAGUAAGAGUGCCCUGACCCCCACACCUGAGACCCCCAAACCGACCACACCAGAACCCAUUACCAACGGUACACCUGAGCCAGGUCCGGAUUCCAAACCAAGCCCAGAUCACGCUGAUAUUAUCGGAGGCUCGACUCCAAAAGUUGCUCCCCCUAAAACCCCUGAAGUGGAGCUGAAAUCCAGCGGUGGCGCAUUGGAGGCCAGCAAAGAUGGCACUGCGGCUGAGGAGUCAACCACCACCACCACCUGAGAACUGACCCCAUAAAAAUCUAAGGGAAGCCCUACAGAUUUUCUCCAUCUACCACCACUGUAGACAAUCGAACACCCCCCUACCAAAUAAUGAAGAAACCACUGAAACUGGGGCGCGGACUUUGGUUUAACAUGUCUAAUGCCUGAACACAGUAUUAUCUUGAUAACGGUAUCUCACUUGUCUAUAACUAACACAUAAGUUUUUGAGACUUUCUGAUUCUGAACAACUCCACACAACAAAUGUGGCCUCUUGAUUGUUAAACGUUUUAGUUGUGUACACCUUGCAGCCUAAUCUUUGGGGGGUAAAACUGUAACGGUAAGACUGCAAAUCAAAUCCUUGCAGAGUUUACAAAUAAAACUCCACAUAAGGUCUUUUCUAACAUAUUGAGGGAGCCUGAAAGGUUUACAUUUCAUUUAAACAAGAACAUACCAGUCGCUCUUUGUUGACCUCAAAGGUAUGCUAUGCAGGAUUUUGUCAAAAAACAAUGCAAGGACUAAUCCUUCUUAAUUAUCCCGACCCGCUAACAGUGUGUGGCGGUGUCUGUAUUUACAUAUACCCUGCCCCUGUAAAGGGCGGGGUAUAUUUUAGUAAUUAUUUUAGUAAGAAUUUUGCCCUGUGGAGGAUGUUUCUGGACGUCAACUUCUGGGCAGUGGUGUUUAGCUCCCAGCCAAUAACAGCGUCCAGGUUGACUCUAUAAGACAUAGCGACCUGGUUUCAUUGCUGUCUCCGUCUCUCUCCUCUGCUCUCUGCUCUGUCGUACCGAGGACAGGGCUGAGCUACUCACACACGAGCACAGAGACAAGUGAAGUAUGAGCUUUGGGUUGCAUCCACACAUAAUCCGGAGGACAGUGCCGAGCUGUGAGCGUGUUUAUAUGUGCUUUAGGAAAUAACCACCAUGAAACAUUUGAAAAAUAACAUUUUCACUGCUUUUGCUCUUGCUGACGCCGCUCCCUCUCGUCAUUCACUAUCUAGCUUGCUAGUCUACUGCUGGCUCUCUCUCUGAAGGGUGUGUUUACAAAUAGCAACUGAAAAAUCCUGCGUAGUAUACCUUUAACUAACUGUCGUUUCCCAUCUAAGGUCUAAUGGUCGUUCCUUCCUAUUAGCAUGUGGAUAAAACAGACAAACUGCAUGAAAUUUUCAGCCAAACUUUACUCUCGCCUUUUUAUUGGAAGCCCCUUCGAUCACACAAACGACACUCAUGUUGUUGGCAUUUUUGUACAUAGCUUAAUCGUGGAUGUUAUAAGCUUGUGCCAGUCCUCUGGCUUUAGAAACAUGUGCAAUGCAUUAUCACAUAUAGAAAACAAAGAUAAGUUUUGCACAGCUUUAACCACACAAGAAAACAUAUUAACACUACUAACCCCACUAUUUAACGUUUCUCAGACUGAGACUCUCUGUAGAUAUCUCAGACGAUUAACAUGUGUUUUGCAAACUGAUCGCAAAGGUUCGGAUCAACCACUCCACUUUAAUCUGGACGGCUCUACAAAAAUCCGAAAGUUUAUGAGGCUUCAGACACUUAAUGGGACCACUGUAUACCCACUGUACGUUGAGCUUGUCAGAAGGUGAAAUACUGAAUGAAAGUGUCUGGUAAAUUCAAAAAGAGCAUGCUUGCUAGUUUCUUUGUUCUUUUCUUUUCAUUUUCCAAGUCUUUCAUUCAUUAUUUGAUUCUCUCUAUUUUCCCUUUCCUUUGCUCGGCAUUUCUAAUUACUUAAAGCAACUUUGGACUUUUUUGCAAAUUGAUGGCCCCUUUUCUCAUGUUAGCGUUGUCUAUCAACAACCUAUUCGGUCUUUUCAGCCAUGUCUUGAAGACCUCCUCCUACUGGCGGUCCAAAACUCCCGUGCAUUGUGUAAACAUCAACACUUAGUUCAGUCUGGCUAACUGAGCUAACGGUGGCUACAGUUAGGAUUGACCUAAGCACCAAGUAAACCUAUCUAUCCAUCAGGAAAUCAACAAGCAGAGGCAGCGCUGCCUCAGAUCAUAAAAAGGAAAACCAGAAAACAUUUUCUCCACAUCCAGUUUCACCAACAUAAUGGUGGUGACUAGUGGAGGAUGUGGUGGCGUAAAGCGUUACUCCCUCCUCACAGGAGACCAUAACUACCCAUCCACGUCAUACAGACCAGAUCAGGCGUUCGGAACGCAUUGUACUGAUGCCAGUAAAACAGCGACAUAGCGUUGCUUUAAGUACUUAUGAAGACAGCCUUUAACAUAAAUUUGAAUCUUGUGAACGUUUUGUUUCUUGCGUCUUUGAUCAUUUUGAUCACUAGCAUGCUGAAUGCUCCAAAAUACUCCUUAGAGGCCUUUGUCAAUGCCACAACAUCAUCUGUCCAGAGCUGUUCUACGUGAGUUUGAAGCUAUGUGGAUGUUAAUUCAACACACAUUCGUCUUAGUUUAAGCUCUUGUAUGGUACAGAGGAGGUGUGCAGAAACAUUGUAGUGUUAUAAAAUGCAUGUCUCUACCUCAUGUUUUAACCGACCACUAGGAAACCAAUGACAGUGCACUGAUAUCAACAAAGAAGCAUUUUGGAUCUUUGAGAGAAGCACAAAAUGGCAGCCAUGAAAAUUAAAUCAAAUGAAAUGUAGGAAAAGUGAAAGCAGCACAUCCGUCUACAACCAACUGGCCUUUCUUGGUAGCUUUCCUAAACUGACUGAUUUUUUCUUACAGACAUUAAUAUCAGGCGAUAUGUCAGCGUUUUAAAAAGCCAUACGACAUAGGUUUAGAUGUCAGAUUUGAUACAAAGAUUAUUACACACAAUAAAUAAACUAAAACAAACAAAAAAAAAUGAAAGGGGCCUCGAUGUUGAAUAGACAGUAUCAGAUGUAUUACACAUGGAAAAAUGCAUUAUAAUGUAAAACACUGAAUAUGCCUAAUUUCUUGCCUGGAUCUUUGAAGGAACCACAAACCUAUUUUGGCAUUACUAAAUAUUUUUCUUUAUACAUACAGAAUAUAUACGCACACACACAAAACCAACACACACAUUCCAGCCUUGUAAAUAUUGCAUGUGUACGCCAGUUUAACCCCCUUAAGGCUGAAUGUCUUUAGUGUAUAGAACGGUUGUUGUAUUAUACUUAAAAAUAAAAAAAAGCAAACUAAUUUAAAUUUCUCACCAACAUUAAAUCCAGAAUAUAAAAUAUAUACACAUACAUUAAUAUGUAAUAUAAACACUAAUAAUCACUAACGUCUUGAACUAAUUUAACAACCAAAUAUUGUAAAAAAGAAAAUAUAUCAAAACUGUAUUAGAUCUUUUUAGAUCAAUUAUCUGCUGUUAUUGCCAUUCCAACCUGAUGAUACCCACAGCAUACAGUAUCUCUCACAGUAUUUACAUGUUGUAUUAAGCUGUUUAACCUGUGUCACUUAAAGCAUCGACUGCAGCAUGCCCACGACAUCUUAUUGUCCUGAAGUUGUGUCUGUGUGUGUGACCAGAGGAGUGACGUUUCAGUGUGACCCUCACUGUGUGUUUGGGAUUUCCGUGUUCGUAUUAUGCACAUGAUGUACGAGUGUGAGUGAUUUAUGACUGUGUUUAACCCGGUAUAGUCUAUGCAUAUGCAGUUUGUACAGAAUGAAACAACUGUGCUUUACGUGUGCUUCUCCAUCCGUCCCGAGUAAGGUAUUCAUGUGCCUGCUUAAACUGUCUCGCAAGUGCUGUGUAGAAGUCAUGAGUGUGAAUGUGUUUGAAGCCACGAACAUGUCGUAAAAGAUAUUGUAACUUUGAGAUGUUUGAGUGAGUCUCGUCUUUGUUUAGUGCCUAAAACACGUAGUGGAUAGCUGGCCUUGUUUUCUGGCAUUAGCCGACACUCCUAAUGGCACCUUUUUUCCUCGCUGGGGAUUCACAGACGUUGAAAGCCGUUUGCACACCACUGACUGGCCUAUGACAUGCUCACGUGCAGAGGAUAUGUGACUUCUUGUAUAAAAAAUGGUUUUCAAGGGGAUUUCUGAGUAGCGUAAGGAAUGCUGAGCGUGCUCUAUUCAUAAGCGAGGGUGUUUUUUCCAUUCCAUUAAUCAAGACACGGUUUGGAGUAUGUGAGUGAAUUCAUGAUAGCAGCAGAUGAAUGACAGAGCGCUGUGUGGCUAACCCUCGGGGUUAUGUUGUGGUAAGCAAUUGAUGCGGGGGGCUGCUAAAACGGCAUUUUCGUGCACCACCACUUCUGUAUAUUGUCAGUGAUUGUAAAACCAAGCCACUCAGAGUUGAGAGAGGCAGAUUAGGGUGUGGUGGGCAGGACACGCCUUUGGUUUCCACGUAACCAGCAUCUCAAAGAGGGGUCAGUCUAGUGGGAUUGGAGUUAUUACAUCUAACUGGUGCCAGAGGGAUUCUGUUUCCUACCCACCUCUGGUAGCCCACGAAAAGGAACCACUACUUUUAAUACCACUGGCACUUCUUGCACUCUGUGAGUCGUCUCUGCCCUGAUCCUCUCUGUUUACUUCUGCUGUUCUGGCCUUGGUGUGGUGUGACAUCCCACAUGUUCUCUCUGUACUCCCCCUUUUUGCACAACACUUCACACAGAUGUUUUGUAAAGAAGACUAGUUUUUUUUCUUCUUUAUUUCGUGUCUAAAGGAAUACUAAGAAUAAACAAGCGAUUAUGACACUUUGCUGUCCUGCUGUCUUUGUUUCCACAGAGCAACGCACUCACCGAAGGACAGUUCUGUCUCAGAGCUGUCCACCCCGUCUCGCAGUGAGUCAUCUCGCUCAAUGUCAGCCAUCAGUUGUUCUCAGUGUCACGCGCCACUUUCUCACCCUUCAGGCCGUGCGUGCCAUUAAUCCCACUUGUUUUGAGCGGCCAGAACCUCGCCGGGACACAUCGGGGCAGAGGAGGGACAGCAGAGAUAUUUAUAAACAGGCCAAAGGUAAAAGCAUGAUGCUGUUAGCACCUGUCAUAGACUCUGAAGCUCCAGGCUGGCCGCAAAUUACAACCCUCCUCAUGCUUUGUUCUCCUCAACAUUUAUAAAUACAUACAUACAUCAGCUCAGGAUAUAUUUGAAGCAUCAUGUUUCACCACAUUUAUUUCCUCAAACUUUAAAUCAUUCAAGCAAUUCCAGUACUAGAACAUCAAAACAAAUGUAUUUAAUGUAGACUUUCUCUAUUUACAACACCUUUUCUGCAGAUUAUAAAAAACAUUGUAUAAUAAUAAGGGAGAAACUAACCAUUAUUAUUAUCUAAAAUAUUGUCAAUUUUUUUUUUUAUCAAUUGUUUUGUCUAUAACAAAAGAAAAUGAUGAAAAAUGUUCAUCAUGACUUCCCCAGAUUCGGAGGCAAUGUCUUCAAAUGUCUUGUUUUGUUCCAAACCCAAAAAUAUUUGGUUUAUUUCAACAGAUUAAAAGAAAAGCAGUUAAUCUUUCAGUUAGAAAAGCUGGAACUAGCGAAUGUAUGACAUUUUUCCCUGAAAAGGCACAACGCAGAAGUUCCACAGAACCCCUUUAUUUGAUUAUCCAAAGCGUCGACAAUUAAUUAAUUAAAUUUAGCAGCUCAGUAGGUCAGUCCACAAAAAUGUCAGCCACAGUUUUUGCCCUAUAGCAGGCUGUAACUUGGCAGGGAGGUCAAGGGCGCGCGUGUGUGUGCUCAUGCCAACACACUAAAAGUGGGCAUGCCAGUGGGAGUGGCCUAACUUCUAAACUGAUUUAUGUAACAUGACUGAAACAGUCAAGUGUUUGUGAGGUUGUGUGUGUGUGUGUGUGUGUGUGUGUGUGUGUGUGUGUGUGUGUGUGUGUGUGUGUGGAUACUCUGAUACGUGUUUGAAUGCAGCUAG